AUGGCCCAGCCACUACAGGAAGGCGACCCAGCUCUGCAUAGCUUUCGAAUAUCAGAGAUAUCUCAGCCACUGCAUAACAGCAUCCCUACAGAGCUGGUUUCUCGGUUCGACCCUGUCUACGUUGAAUACUACAACAAGUACAAUGCAGGCCGUUUACACACUCAUGAAGUCCCAAUAGAGGACAUUCGAAAGAACCCUACCCGGUAUACCAUCUCCUACGGUCGUGCUGCAGGCCCCGACAUCUUUCGUAUCACGGAGCAAAAAUGUCUCGUGAAAGGAGGUGAGAUUACUGUCAGAAUAUUUGAGCCAGAGAAUAAAUUGGAUGCCCAUGGAAAACUAAAGAAAAGAGCUGCAUAUGUCAAUUUCCAUGGCGGAGGGUGGGUGUUUGGUGGCCUUGCAGCGGAUCAUGAUUUCUGCAAAAGGAUCGUACAUGGUCUUGACGGAGAUCUUGUUGCGUUUGAUGUCGAUUAUCGACUGGCUCCUGAGUAUCGUUAUCCCACUGCCAUAGAGGACUGUUGGGCAGCCUUUAACUGGAUCCGUUCGAAAGAGAAUGAAUUCAAUAUUGAUAUAGAUCGACUCGCAGUCGGCGGUGCAUCGGCAGGAGGGCAUUUGGCAGCUGUGAUCAGCCACCUUUGCCGCAAUGCGAACAUCCCCUUAGGUCUUCAGAUUUUGACAGUGCCUGUAUGCGAUUUGCACAGUACGUUUACUCCAGAAGGCGAGUUUGAUUAUGAAAAUUGCCCCUACGAGUCCUACCGAGAAAUGGAAUUUGUUCCAGCGCUUCCCACAGCACGAAUGGCGUACUUUCAUCGACAGUUCCUUGGUGUCCCCAGACAACCACCUUCCGACGAGGACUGGAAAAUAUCGCCAAUACUCGCAACCAGCUUCCAGGGGCUAGCUCCCGCAUUGGUGUCAACAGCGGAACUAGAUCCCUUGCGUGAUGAAGGGGAGGCGUAUGCCGCAAAACUUCAAGCUGCUGGGGUUCAUGUGAAGCUGGUUCGGUAUGAUGGGGUGCCUCAUCUGGUGGCUGUGCUAGAUGGAAUAUUAGAGGGAGGGCGACAAUUCAAUGCGAAUGUAAUUGAAAUGCUGCGACAAGAGCUGGGGAAUGAGAUGUGA